UCUGUGGAUAACCUGCUGGGCUCGGUAUACGGGUCUGAUGGCGCCCUUAUGGUUGAUGCAGAUUCUGAGUCGGAAGGCUCUGGGACUUGGGGUGAAGAGGGUGUGGUGUCGGGGUAUUCACCGGGGAAGCCGUCUCCUCGCCGAUCAUCCUCCUGCAGAACCAGUCACCUCCAUUAGUUAUGUCCAUGGAACGAGCGUUCUACCAUUGACCAGCCGGACUGUGCAGCAGUGUCUGUGGGACACAACCCAGCGUAUACCCGAUGAAGAAGCCGUUGUAGUUGUCCAUUCUGGUACACGGAAAACCUUCAGCCAAAUGAGUAAAGAUGUAGAGACCCUCGCUGCAGGACUCCUAGCUCUCGGCUUAAAGAAGGGAGAACGCAUAGGCAUGUGGGGGCCAAAUUCUUAUGAAUGGGUCCUUAUGCAGUAUGCAACAGCUCAGGCCGGACUUAUUUUGGUCUCUGUGAAUCCUGCGUAUCAAGAAAGUGAGGUGAAAUAUGUGCUGAAGAAGGUUGGCUGUUCUGCCCUUGUGUUUCCAUCAGAGUUUAAAACUCAGAGAUAUUAUGAAAUUGUAAAGAAGCUUUGUCCAGAGAUCGAUCAUUCUCCAGCUGGGGGAAUCAAGAGCAAGACACUUCCCGACCUGAAGACUGUUAUAGUCUUGGAUAAGAAGUUUCCAGGUGCAUUUCAGUUCCAAGAAGUAAUGGAUGCUGGGAGCACUCAGUUUGUUCAGCAGCUGCACAACUUACAGAAGAAAAUAUCCUGCGAUGAUCCUGUCAACAUCCAGUUUACAUCUGGAACAACUGGAUAUCCUAAAGGAGCGACCCUGAGCCACCAUAACAUUGUGAACAAUGCGGCUAUGAUAGGGCACAGGAUUGGCUUUGACUGGAAGAAGGGACAACGGAUAGCGCUUCCUGUGCCUCUCUACCACUGCAUGGGCUCCGUUUUAGGCAGUCUUGUAAUGGCUGUGUAUGGUCCAGCGGUGGUUUUUCCAUCUCCAACCUUUGAGGCUCGUGCUUUAUUGGAGGCUAUUUCACGGGAGAGAUGCACGACGAUGUACGGGACUCCGACCAUGUAUAUAGAUCUUUUGGCGCAGCCAGACUAUGCUUCUCUUACUUCUCAUCUCACCCAUGGAGUCAUUGCUGGGUCCAUCGCACCGCCUGAGAUUGUGAAGAAACUUGCCACCGAGACUGCGAUGAGAAAUAUUGUGAUUGGAUAUGGCACGACAGAAAACAGCCCGGUGACUUUUUCAGGCUUUGCCUAUGAUGACAUUUUUCGAAAAUGUGACACUGUAGGAUCUGUUAUGCCCCAUACUGAGGCAAAAAUAGUAGACACCAACACAGGUUGCAUUGUACCAUUAAAUAGCCCCGGUGAGUUGCAGAUAAGAGGUUAUUGCGUCAUGCUGGGCUACUGGGCAGAUGAAGAUAAAACCAGAGAGACAAUUACUUCCGAGAAAUGGUACAAAACUGGAGAUUUAGCCACAAUGGACGAGUAUGGAUACUGUCGGAUUGUUGGGCGCUGCAAAGAUAUGAUUAUCCGAGGGGGUGAAAAUAUAUAUCCAGCUGAAAUAGAACAGUUCUUGCACACUCUUCCCAAAGUCAUGGAAGCGCAGGUGAUUGGAGUAAAAGAUGAAAGGAUGGGAGAGGAGAUCUGUGCCGCCAUCAGAGUCCGUCCAAAUGAAGAAUGUUCUGCAGAAGAGAUCAAAGAAUACUGCAAAGGAAAGAUAUCUCAUUUUAAGAUUCCUCGUUACAUUGUCUUUGUUAAUGACUAUCCUCUUACAAUUUCUGGAAAGGUCCAAAAGUUUAAAUUGAAAGAAAUCAUGGAGAAACAGCUGAAAUUAUGAGGAGAAUAGAAAAAGGAGCUGGAAUGAUGAAGAACACGUAGCCGUCCACUUCUCUUCCUAUCACUGUCCUUACCUUCCGCUUCCUAUGACCACAUUCAUACACUUUGCCUUUUCUUUAACAUAUAAGAUACAGGAUAGAUUUGGUGCUCGGCUAGAAAUAAGAUUUGCGGCCAGAUAGUAAAAUAGUCCAGUAAUCCACUUCUUUUCUCAUUGAGCUAUAACUUACGCCAGUUUCUGGCGAAAGUUAUAGUGAAUCCAGUGGGCUCUGCUAAGCCCCACCACUCCUCUGAGCCGCACCUCUUUUUUUGCUAUUUUAAAAAAAAAUUGCAAAAACCUCUAAAAGGCACAAAUAUAGAGCGCGCCAUAAUGUGCUACUUUUUUUACACCCCAUUGAAUUUUCUUACAAGAAAAUGUUUUCUUUUGGAAUGUACUAGUUCUCCUUGUGGAAAUCCAGCUGGUGUAGAGAGCCUUACUAGUAAUGCUCCUAUGGAGAAGUAUGCAAAUUGGCUAUCCAGAAGAAAGAAAACUGCCCAUAGUGUAAGGGGUGCCUCUCUCUCAGGGGGUCGCAAUCACAGACAUCUCGUCAGACAGUGGGGUUAAAGUCUAUAUGAUGCUUUAUUUUCGCACCCACACAAACAUAAAUAGAAUGAAAUAACUCCUGGCAGUCUGUACUCUAACUAAUACACAGUCCUUUUCCCUGACUCACCUCUAAGCACAGCUUAUACACAGGGUCUCAAGUUCCAACUCAUCGAACACAAGUCCAUACAGGGAAGAGAUCUGACUUUACACAGCCUCGUGGCCCCUCAGCCCUCCUUGCUGAGACCACCCAGAGGCUCUGUAGGCCUCUGAUUCCAAGUCCUCUCUUUUCACCGACUGACACACAGAGGGUUGGUUUUAUCCCUUGUUGAUUACAGCAGGCCUCAUCUCUGAUGACCUCGGGAUAGGGGAAAACAUGCCCUGGAAUGGAGGUGGACUGGGGAGGUCCCACUACCAAACCUACCUUCCCAGUCCAAAUAAAAUCCAGCCCUUGUACUUUAAUAAACAAAUAGCUCCAGCAACUAUGUUUGCUGAAGCCAGCGCCAUCUUCCUGGACUUUACUUAUCUCACCCAGUUGAGGAACCUGGGUGAGAUAUACACCCCUUCCAGGAUUUUUACUGUACACAUCACCACAAUAGUUAGCCACCCCGUAAAUCAGUGAAACAGCAUUGAAACAUGACAUGAGCCAAACCAUAGACAACCGUCUGUAGAAAGCUAUUUCUACUCGUUGGUAGGUGGCACUAGAGGAACAGUUUCCUUCCACCUGGAGUAGAGCUAAUUUGUAUAGAGACAUUUAUAGAAUAUUAUUAGGAUGUGCCAUAAAGGUCUGAUCUUUGCAGUCCAGCCGCUAGAGAAGUGACCAGUAAUUGAUUAUGGCAUUGUUCACAUGUACCAGUAGCUGUGUUGCAGUUUUCCACACUACACUUCCACACUACAAUUAUUUCUAAGAAAUGUUUCUAGAACUGGUUCUUUACAAAGACUGUGACUACCAUAUUACAGCUGUUUUACAUACGGUUCCCGAUGCCAUGUUUUACCCAGUUCAAGCUGAGGGGUUGUCUGGGAGUUAGGGCUCAUGCACACUGCCGUUCCCGUUGUUGCGGUCCAUGGUUAUCUCCCAUCUCCCCUCCUUGAUGUAUGGUUCGUGGCUCUCCUACUCCUGUUUCUCAUGCUGGGCAGCCUAUUGUGUAGUGAGCAGCAGAACAGUUUGUCAGUAGCAGAUCUAUGAAGUGUGUGAGGACAGUGAAUAAUGACAUCACUACCUACAUGCCUUGUAAUACAAGGGCAUGAAGUAAGCUGUAUAUAGAAACAAUGCUUGUGAUGGGGGAAAAUAAUCAUGGGAAUUCUAGUAACUUUAUGCGGUAAUUCCAACCAUAGCAAGCCCUUGCAAUAUCAAAACAAAGGUGCGGUACAAAGCUGGACAAGAUCAUUAAAAAUUUUCAUUUCUGAGUUAUUUUGGCAUCAGAUUGAUUUUGGUGCUUUUCUGUAUUUUUUAUAAGCUCGGAAAAGCCUUUUAGAUCUGCAAGGAAUAGGCCAUGUUGUGGUCGUUCCAAACACACUACAGAAUCCUUAUACCUGUAAUCUCCAGUCAUAUUGUGUGCACAGAUUUUUUUUCCCCAGGGUAGGUCAUUAUUAUGAGAGCGAGGGUCCGACUCCUGGCACCCCCACCGAUCUGCUGUUUGAGGAGGCCGCAGUGCUUACCAAGCACAGCGCCAUACAUUGUAUAGUGGCUACGCUUGGUAUUGCAGCUCAGCACCAUUUCCUUGAAUUGUUCUGAGCUGCGUCUAGGCCAUGUGACCAAUGAACGUGACAUCACUGUGGCUUAGGAAGAGGCCUAAGCGCUCAUGGAGUGCUGCGACCUAUUCGUACAGCUGAUCGGCAGGGGUUCCAGGAGUCGGAUAGGCCAUCAAUAUGAAAAUCCCGGAAAACCCCUUUAACAGUGAAAAGCUAAUGAAGAUUAACCUUGAAAAGAGUUACAUUAUACACUUUCUGACUACAGAGCCGGUGUUAAAGAUCUGAAAUCCCUGUAGCUUCCCUGUCUGCCUCUCAGCAUCCACAGAUGUUUUCUCCAGCCUGCCCUGCCACUCCAUAUACCGAAUACCAGGCAACAGCAGGAAAUGUGAACCCUCUACAGUCAUGUGGGCAAAGGGAAUGAUUCCAACAAUAAGUGUACAUUAGGAAACAGCUGGUUAAGCGAUUCUUUAUUAUAUAAGAGUAGGUUCACUGAAGGUGAAUUUGUACUUUAGCAGUUUAAUGUGAAGUCCCCUUUAAACAUUAUUUGGUAUAUUCUGGUAAAUAGACCCUAUGCAUCAAUGCAUGCACCGGAAAAUUCUUCUCACUUUAGUUUUAAUUACUUAAAAGGGAUUUCCGAACACAUGCCAGAUUGCUUUGAGAAUGUCCCAUGCCCCGCUUGCUCAGCUAUUUUUGUAUCUCCCAUAGACUUAUAAUGAAAUAUGCUGCCAGGGUGUAACAGUUGCAUGAGAUGUGGAGAUGCUUGGGAGAUGUCUAUUCCAAACACAUGAUUGCCCGCUUUGGUGGUACAGUGUGAGGAUGCCAUCAAUCAACCCCCUGCCUCCACCUUGACAUUCAUUGAGUCAUGCGCAGCAUAAACCCUCCCAUCCUCUUUGUGGCAAGAAAGUAUCAUCUGAGAUGGCCAUCUAGUGAAAGUGCUGGAUAGUUUCAUUUGUGCAACCAAAAUAAUGUUAUAGAAGGGCCUGUUUAGGGUCUAAAUACAUUUUAAUGUGAUCUCGGAGAACUCAUGGUCUAAUUGAUGGGGGUUAGGAUUCAAAAGCAAAAACGAAAAUGUCAUCGGGGUGUACGUUGUCAUGGGCCAUUCCUCCACAGAUCACCCUGAGAGUAUUGAUUGACCAGCAUGUAGAUGGCAGGUCAUGCUUCCGGUCUCGCUGGGACUGCAAGCGGUAAAGACAGGAGCUCGGCACUGAAACUGGAGUGCCUGUGAAGAUGAGUCUUUUUUAUUUUAUUUUAUGUUAAUAAAACUUUUUACCUUUGCUUCCUGUCUGCCCCCUGACCAUUGCUUCCCAGUCUUGGAGAACCUCUGAGUCUGCGGUCAGAAUGCUCCCUCUUUUAGGAUAGGGACAAGACCAAAAUUUACUAUGGGGUCUCUAAGUCAUUGCUUUCUGCAUCUCCUCCAUCUGCUUGGGUUUAGAGAAUAGGAGACACUGGACACCCCCAUGUUUGGUAGGGGUCCGGGCAGUGGGCCCCAAUCUAAUAGUUAAAAGGGUUGGCCACUUUUUGGUUUCUGUUGACCAAUGUGUUUGUAAGAUGAUUAUAUGGCACUUUGUUGAAAUUCUGCACCAUUUUCCAUAUUUCAUAAGGCAUGGCCCCUUGUAUACAAAGUCAUUU